AUGCUGAUAUCAGUAGAACAAUCAGCAGAAGAGGCAGAAAAGACCGCGGCGGUAUCUGAACUUGUUCAGAAAACCCGAAGCUACAAAACAAACUCCACAAAAGUCGCGUUAGUAAUGUCAAAGACACGCUCAGAUGACUUGAGAUGGCUUCGUGAUUAUCUUCAAACACAGCAAGUAAAGCCCAUCGGUUGUAGGAAAUCAUACUAA